GAGGGCGGUAACCAGGAAGUUCAGUGAUAGAUUGAAGGUAACGCUCGCGAGUUCUACCCUUAUAUUUUGGACUCAAGUUCUGUGAUGGCAGUGGACUGGAUUGGAUUCAGCUAUGCGGCGGUUAUCGCCUUUGGAGGCUUCAUGGGAUACAAGAGGAAAGGCAGCGUGAUGUCCCUGGUGGCUGGUUUGGUCUUUGGUUCAUUAUCAGCAUAUGGGGCCUUUAACACCUCGAAUGACCCAAAGGACAUUAAGGUGUCAUUGCUUUCUGCUGGAGUCCUCGCUUUAGUGAUGGGAACAAGAUACAAGAAAUCUGGAAAAAUCCUCCCUGCCGGCCUAAUGUCAGGGCUGAGUUUGUUGAUGGUGUUUCGACUUUUGCUCCUGAUCAUGGUGUGACCGCAGAAACGACAUUGAGGAACUAAGAGAAGACAAGCUCAGUCAGUUCUAAAGGAAAUCAAAUCAUUCCAAUUUAACACACUAAAUCAAAGUCUGUUGUAUGUUUAGAGUCAGUGUGUAGUUUUUAUCUUGUCUUGUCAAAUUCUGUAAUGGUUGGAAUUUAGAUGUGACUGAAAGCUGGUCUUAUUUAUGAGCAACUUGUCAAUGUUUAACUCACACAACAUGUGUUGAAUAGACCUUUGAAAUGGGGCAUAUAACCCACAACGUUAAUUAUGGUUUGACUCCAGGUUUAAAAAAGCCAGGGUCGUUUUCUGAAUAUUGUUUAAACACUGCAAACAUGUUUCCUCUUUUUUUUCUGGAUGUGUUCUAAUAAAGGGUUUGAGAAAGAGUUUUACUGUACAGUCAUGAUAACAUUACUACAACAACAGAGCUUUAAUGGUGGACUUUUGCACAGUACUGUAAUUCUGUACUUCUGCCACUUCCACUGAUCGGCUGAUAAGAUAUUUUCAUUAACAAGCAUUUGAACAAGUGUCUUUUUUAUUUUUGUUAAUGGCUAAACAAAGUCAAAAAUACACCAGUCUGCCAAAACAUUAAAACUAGUUCUGUAUUUUAAUGUGUGACCAGUAGAGUGUAGGAGUUUUCGAGAUGGCAGUAUUGCAGUGUCAUUGAUGCCAGCUGCUGGCAAACCCCAUAGAAGAAGAACCUUGUAUAUACUGUACAAGGUUCUUCCAGUGGGUGUUAAACAGAUAUGGAUGAACUCUAAUUGCAGUAUUUUUUUAAUCAUGUAUAGCUCAAAUGUUUUUGUUAAUGAGCUUGUGAUUUGCUUUUAUUUGUUCAUGUUAUUGUCAUAUUUUGUUUUUUUUAAGAUUUGCAUUGCACCAGUGAGGUUUACUUUACACACUACAUCAGUUUUUCACUGCAGGCUUUAAAAAUAUCAAAAUAUCGCUGAGGGAAUAUGUUUUUGUAAUAAGUAAAAACCAAAUUAAAAGGUGUGAUUCUCUUAA